AUGCCCCAUAUACUUUCUAGCUCGACCGCGGUCACGCUGGAAAAAAGCGAUACAACUAAAGGCAGAGUUUCCGAAUGCACCACAUCUCCCCCGGUAUCGGUCGACAACAAUUUGCGCAACGUAAACGGCACCAAAGAACCGCCAAGAAAAUGCUUGAUGUGUUUGUUACCAUUCGAUGAACUGGGUUCGAUCGGAACUGAAUCGGCGGAGGAAUUGAAGCGGAUAGUGGAUAAUAUUUACAAAAUUGCCAAAAUAGAGAUUAAACCAGUCAGCGGAAAGAUUGAACCAUUGUGUAACGGAUGCCGAGCGAAGCUGGGGUACGAUUACGACGAGGACGCGUACUACGAGAUGCUCAGCCAGAUGUACAACAGCGAGGCGCAAAGUAAAACGCUCACAAUUGGCAUGCACAACGGCAUGCCGGUGCAUAUAGCAAUGCCUUGCGAACCGAAUCCCGAUUCCGGGCUAAGUGGACACUACAUAGACGCGGCAUGUGGGACGUUUGUCGUGACGGAGCUCGGUGUCGAGGCGCUGAACAGCGACAAAGACGAAUUAGUGUGCUCCAUCUGCUCGAAGGCGUUCAACUUCAAAUCGACGCUUCGGCUACAUAUUCGCAGCCAUCAUCAGAGCGUCCCCCGGGAGGCGAUUGAGCUGCCGAAGCACCCACGCAAACCGCGUACGUACGAGUGUCCUGAAUGUAAUCUAAGCUUCAAGUUGAAGUAUGACUUCGACAAACACAUCGGCAGCCACAAGAAGCCAAGCAUGCAUCAGUGCGAAGGCUGCUUCAAGUUGUUCAAGCACAAAUCCUACUAUCUGAUGCACCGGAACUUGAAGCGCUGUAAGGCGCAGUAUUCGCUCGAUCUCACGGUUUCGGGCGGCACCCAACCGACCUCCGUUGCCGGUCUACCGAUAAGCAUGGGAGUUGUACCCGAACCUCCAGCCACUGGUCGCCGGAAGCAUGGUACGGCCAAAUCGGAUCGAUCCAAUACCGCAUCAUCGAUCGGUUCGGUAACGGCGCUGCUUCAGUGCACCUCCGAAUUGGGCUCAAUAACCGAUUGUGGCAUACGAAAUGCCAGCUAA